AUGAGUGCCAGCGGCCCGGCGGCAUCUGGGGAAGAACCCGCACUGCCGCCAACGCCGCCCGGGCCCUCACCGCCCGCUCCUGCCGCCGCAGCAGCUCGGGACACUAUGGACGGGCGCGCUGAGCUGCCCAUGUUCCCCCGGGCCGGAGCCCCUCCACUCGCGGCCAGCGACACUGUGCCCGCAGUGCCCGAGGGGGCUGGAGCGGCCCGGCCCGCUGCGCCCCCGCGUCCCACCUCCUUCUCGGUGCUGGACAUCCUAGAUCCCAACAAGUUCAACAGCAGGAGACGCCGCUGCGUGCUGCUGGGCCCCGUGGUGCCCGCUACGUGCGCUCCAUGCGCCUCGGUCCCGUGCGUCUCGGCCCCCGCCGCCUCGGGACGCUCGCCGCGCGCAGAGGAGCUGGAGCGUCGAGCCCUCGCCACCACCACGGGAGUCGCAGCCGCCGCGGGAGCUGAGCCGCAGAGUACCGGGGACCCCUACAAGGCGGAAGAGGCUGAGGCCAACGGUUACAGCAGCGGCGGCGGUCACAGCCCGAGCGCCGACAGUGACGACGAGGCUCCCGAGGACGAGGAAGAAGACGCGCCGGAGGCGCCUGCGGCACGCAGCGCAGAGGAAGCGCGGGGAGGUAGCGGCGGCCUCGGGGCCCGCGGGUCGGGCUGCCCCGGAGCGGUCGAGGCCGAGGCGCCCUCCAUCGACGAGGCCGCAGCCCCCGGACCCCGCGGGAAUUCGCCGGGAGUCCUGGGCCCGCCGGGAGCCGCCGCGGGGGCGGGGAGCGCGGGAACCACGUCCCAGAGUGCGGCGGCGGCAGCCACCAAGCCCAAGCGGAAGCGCACGGGCUCCGAUUCCAAGUCUGGGAAGCCUCGGCGCGCGCGCACCGCCUUUACCUAUGAGCAGCUUGUGGCGCUGGAGAACAAGUUCAAGGCGACACGCUACCUGUCGGUGUGCGAGCGCCUCAACUUGGCGUUGUCUCUGAGUCUAACCGAGACGCAGGUGAAGGUCUGGUUCCAGAACCGCCGAACCAAGUGGAAGAAGCAGAACCCUGGCGCAGACACUAGCGCGCCGACCGGCGGCGGCGGAGGUCCGGGGCCCGGCGCGGGGCCCGGCACGGGGCUGCCCGGCGGCCUCAGUCCGCUCAGCCCCUCCCCGCCCAUGGGCGCGCCGCUCGCCAUGCACGGCCCAGCAGGGUACCCCGCUCACGGUCCCGGCGGGCUGGUGUGUGCGGCCCAGCUGCCCUUUCUGUCGAGUCCCGCAGUGCUGUCGCCCUUCGUGCUGGGCUCGCAGACCUACGGCGCGCCCGCCUUCUACGCGCCCCACCUCUGA